AUGCUGCGGCGCCUCCCCGACUGGGGCGCGGCCCUGUUGGCUCGCCAGGCGACAGCCGCACGCGUGGGGCUCUUCACACCGCUCCGGGGCGUGCGCCACAACCGCCACGACAGCUGCAGCGAGGAGCUGGCGAGCCGGUACUUCGACCUGCAGGACGUCCCGGCAGACCGCCUCACGCACCACUACUGGGACGACGUGGACUCGCCGUACGACGGCGCGUUUCUUCUUGACGAAUUCCCCCUCGCGGAGGGCGGCGGGGACAACGAAGAACACGUUCUCCAGCCGGAUCGGCGGCUGCUUUCGCAGGAGUACCUCUAG